AUGUCGAACGCAGUGAGCCCAUCUCUCAAAGACUUGCCCAAGGUGUCGAUGGACCUCAAGAGCGAGCUUGAAGGAUUUAAGCACGACUGCAUGAAGAAAGCUGAGACUUUUAUUAAGAAUGUUUUACCCUCUGCAGAAGAUGUGAGACAAGAAAGACAGCACUCUGAUUUAAUUCACGGCGUUGAGACUUUUGAAACAAAUAAAUUGAAGCACGCAGACACUAAAGAAAAAAUUAUUUUGCCCAAUGCUAUAGAUGUUGCUGCCGAGAAAACUCAGCAAACUCUAAUUGCUGGUAUUGAAAAAUUCGAUCCAACCAAAUUGAAGCACACUGAGACUAAUGAAAAAAAUCCACUUCCUGAUAAAACUGCUAUCGAGCAAGAAAAGGGAAAGCAACAAUUUAUUUCCGGAAUUGAAAAUUUUGACGCGACUAAAUUGAAACAUGCUGAAACUACGGAGAAGAAUGUACUACCAACCAAAGAGACUAUCGAUGCUGAAAAAGUUGCGGCCUAA